AUGGUUGAAGAUAAUAUUCAGUUGGGAAAAAUUAAACUAUCAAAUAUUCCAAAGGCAAAAAGAGGAGUGCCUAAAAUUGAUGUAACAUUUGAAGCUGAUGUAAAUGGAAUAUUAAAAGUUUCAGCAGUAGAAAGAAAUUCAAAUGUAAAACAAGAAGUUAAAAUUGAAUCAGCUGGUGGAUUAUCAAAAGAAGAAUUAGAAAAACUAAUAAAAGAAUCAAAAGAAAAUCAAUUAAAAGAUUCAAUAAAAAAACAAAGAAUUGAAUUCACUAACAAAGUGAUUGAUGAAACAAAUGAUUUUAUUAGCGGUGAGAAAAAACUACCUAAAGAAAUUUUAGAUAAAAUUUUACAGUUAAGAAAAUCAGUUAAAUUAAAAGAUAAUGAUUUAAAUAAGCUUAAAAAUGAUUUUGAUAGCUUAAUAAGAAUUAUUAAAUAA